GCAAUGUGUGGCUGCAGAGCCAGCGUCCCCAGCACCAAACACUACUCUGUCAACCCUGCGCCCACCACGAGGAGCCCUCCGGCUGCAGCAGGCAUGCCCAAGCGCAUACCUAUAGCCAAGCAGCUGGCAUCAAUAAAAGCUCUAGAAAAAGGCUCAGACCUUGAAAAAGCUUUUGCUACUGCUGCGCUGGUGUAUAACAACUCUGCUGACCCUGAGGGCAAACUCAGCAAAGCCGAAACCAAGAGCCUGCUGCAAACCCAGUUUUCAAGAUUCAUACAGGGCCAGGAAAACAAGCCGAAGUACCAGGAAAUGAUUUCUGCCCUGGAUGAGGAGCCAGAGAAAAAAAUUGAUUUUGAAGAUUUCAUGAUCUCGCUGGUCAGCCUCGCUCUGCUGUCUGACCUGCUGCAGGAGAUCAAAAACGUGAAAUCCACAAAAUGAUGGGCGUUUUGUAAGGAAGGCAGGGGUGAAACGCACAGAGAUAACACUGAGUGCUGCAUCCCUUCUGCUGUUGCCUUUGAAAUGGAAUAAAGGCUUGCCCAAACCCUCU